AAAAAAAAAAAAAAUAAAUAUUUUGUUUUUAUUCCCUUCUUUCCUUUUUUUUUAAAAAAAAAAUCCCUACUCUUAACUGUUCUUAUCAUUUUUAUUUUAUUUUUCUAAAAUUUUUAUAUGGAUAACAUGAAAGAGCAAAUGGAAGCUUUUAGUAGAAAAGCAGAAGAUAUAGUUGAUAGAGUGGGUCAACCGUUAAAGCCAUAUAUUCCAGCCAUGUCUAGAUUCCUCAUUGUAGCUACAUUCCUCGAAGAUUCUUUGCGUAUUAUUACUCAAUGGAGAGAUCAACUUGCAUUUAUGGAACAAAGUAGAGGGUUUCCUGCUGGUUUAAGUCAUAUCUUUUUAGGUUUAAACGUUUUGACUAUGUUAAUAGCAUCAUUUUGUAUUAUCGCAAAGAAAUACCAAUCAUAUGCAGUUUAUGGUCUUAUGGGAGUCAUUGUUGCUCAAGCAUUUGGUUAUGGUUUAAUCUUUGAUAUGUCUUUCUUUUUACGUAACUUAUCUGUAAUGGGUGGUUUAAUGAUGGUUUUAUCUGAAACGAUGGUUAAACGUAAACAAAUGUUUGCAGCUUUACCUCAGAUGUCAGAAACAAAUCGUCGUAUGUAUUUACAACUUGCCGGACGUAUUUUGUUGAUUUUCCUCUUUAUUGGAUCUGCUUUCCAUGGUGAAUGGUCUUUAAUGCGUAUUCUUGUCUCUGUGUGUGGCCUUGCUGCUUGUCUUAUGGUUGCUGUUGGAUUUAAGGCAAAGUGGUCUGCUAUGUUCUUGGUUCUCUUUUUGUCAGUUUUAAAUGUCUUUGUUAAUAACUUUUGGUCGGUUCAAUACAGUUAUUACAAGCGUGAUUUCUUAAGAUAUGAUUUCUUCCAAUCUUUAAGUACCGUGGGUGGAUUCUUAUUGUUAGUCAGUACAGGACCUGGAGGUUUAAGCUAUGACGAAAAAAAGAAAGAAUUUUAAGGAAACGGAAAAAAACAAAAAAAACAAAAAAAAUAAAAUAUCAUAAAAAGAAGUUAUUGUUUAUACUGUUUGAAAAGUAGUAGAUGCAAUAGAGAAAAAUGAUACACAAAAAAAUAAAAAAAAGGGGGGGAUACGUGUUUUAUUUAUUUUUAUAAGCUCUUUUGUUGUUUAAAAUAGUUACAUCCGCAUUAAAAUUACUUUCUGUAUUACCAUAAUUAUUGUAACUGUCCAAAAGUUGAAGACAUUGAAUAUAUGUUCUAUGUCUAAAGCAUUACCAAGUCAUGUUCUUUUGAAUUAUUUAUAUGUAGCAGCUUAUAAAAGCUAGCUGCUGACUACCAGUUGUGUGGUGUUUUCAUGUAUUAUUAAUAAAUACAAUCCUUAUUAUACUACUAUUACGUUUUUAUGCAAAUGUAAAAUAAAAUAAAGAACUAGUGUCGUCUAUAGUUUUGGAUGUAGU